ACCUUAUAUUUGGUAAAGCUCAAAGGUUGCAAGAAUCUAUGGAUGAUUUGGAUUGUUACCUUGACUUUAGGCAGACACCGCUAGCCUCUCCUGAUUAUGACCCUCUUUUAUGGUGGCGACAGCACCAAACUCAAUUUCCAAUACUUUCAAAACUAGCAAGAAAAUACCUUGGUGUUUCCGCUACUUCUGCUCUUAGCGAACAUAUUUUUUCAGAUGCUGGUAAUCAUAUUACCCCUUGA